AUGGGCUGCCUUUUUGGGAAACCCAAGAAAGGUGAUCCCAAUGCCACACUGGAGCUUCUUCCGUGCGAGAAGAAUGCACCCAAGGUUGCAGUUCGAGGUGUCGUGACGGAGCAGGAUGACCAGCAGGACGGCUUUGCACCCAAGAAGGCCACUACGGAGGGCGUACCGGGCAUAUUGAAACGAGCCGCCGUGGGAUAUGUAUGCAGGAAAGGCUUGAAGCCUGAAAGCCCCAGCCAGGAUGAUUUCUGCAUUUUUCACACAAAGUUUGCUACUUUAGUGGGCGUUUUCGAUGGGCAUGGCCCCUACGGCCAUCACUUAGCGAACUACGUCCAAGAGAUUCUUCCCCGAGAAUUUCUUCAAUCUCAGCACUUCAAGCAAAAUGACGUGGAAAAGGCACUCAAGGACGCCUUUGCCGCAACGCAGAAAAGAUGCUUGGAAAGCCAGGAAGAGCGCGGUUUCGAUUGUUCUUUGAGCGGCACUACAGCAACCAUGGCUUUUGUGCGGAAGAAUGUGGUGUACAUUGCCAACGUUGGAGACUCGACAGGGAUUCUGGCAAGGAAGGCUGUGGCUGGAAAGGUUUUUACUUGGGAGCAGCUUACACGUGUUCAUCGGCUCUCUGAUGAUGAAGAGAAGCAGAGAGUGGAAGAAAGCGGAGGAGAAGUGAAACGCCUUGACGGAGACCUUCCACAAAGGCUGUUUUUGAAGAACCAAUUAUACCCAGGUUUGAUCAACUCAAGAUCCUUGGGCGACACGAUUGGCACCAGCUGUGGGGUCAUUUCCGAUGCUGAUGUCAGACGGAUCGAAUUCAGGGAGAAGGAGUUGUUUAUGCUGAUUUGCUCAGAUGGGGUUUGGGAGUUCUUUGAAAUGCAGGAGGCCGUGGACUUGGUGGCCCCAUUUGGCAAAGCCAAGGCCCAAGAAGCGGCUGAGGCCUUGGCAAAGGAGGCAUGGAAGCGCUGGAUACAAGAAGAGGGGAAUGUGGUCGAUGAUAUCACAGUGAUAGUUUGUUGGCUGUAA